GCCCAACAGGCCCCCCGGGAGACCGAAGCGGCACAUGAAAAGCAGCGUUAGUGGAAAGGGGCAGCUAGCGACAAAAUUCAUAUUUAGUUGGCCGUGCAGGGUACUGAGGUGUCUGCCGACACGAUGAAUCACCCGAAAGAAAUUUUCAACUGUCUACAGUUGGGCUAGCUGUGUAUGGAUGCUGGGAAACGUUUAGCUAACACGACCGAGCUAGGCUAACUCAUGGUAGCUAACUAAUGUUAGGCCUCGCAGGUAAACAAGUGAUAGGAGCAGGCAGCCACACGGGCUGAAAUGAAGACCAAACCUAAAGCUGGAAACAAGAAAAUUUAACGUCGGGUGCUUACCCUCGCAGGCCAGUGCGGAUACCCCUUCAUUUUAGCAAAUACAAGAUCUCCAGCAGACAUGUCUUUAGUCGCCUAUGGCAGCAGUGAUGAGAGUGACUCCGAAGAAACCUCGACCUCUGCCGGACAGGAGAGCAGAGUCAGCGCAGGAGGGCUCUUCUCACUCCUGCCUGCGCCUAAAAAACCAGGAUCUGCAGGAAGAAACGAUGGACCAAGCAAGGAGACAAAAGCAAACCCUUCAGCAGGAGACAGCACGUCAAACAAUGACUUAGAUCCUCAACCAACUAAAGGGGGCUUGUUUUCUAGUCUGCCUAAACCGAGGAAGCGAACAGAGCCUGUCAAGAUCACUGUGCCACAGAUCCAGAGACAGGAUUCAGACUCUGAUGAUGAUGAACCAGCAAGAAAGAAACUACAACCUCAGGGUGAAAGCUCAGGCCUGGCUGCCCUUUUACCACAACCGAAAAACCUGACAUUGAAGGAGACAGACAGAGCCCUGAUUCCUCACGCGCUCACCAAACGGCAAGAACCCAAGGGACCCAAGCCUGGAACACCAGCUCAAGGCCUGCUUGGUUCUAGUGCGUCUCCCUCUGCUAUCAAAGCUGCCGCAAAGUCAGCCGCCCUGCAGCUGGCUAGACAAAUAGCCGCCGACGACCAGGAUAACGAGGAGGACAUAACCCCACAGAACUACUUCUCCCUAGGUGAAAGCUCCCAGAUCCUCCCCGCAGUCGUCCCAAGCUUAGACCAUGAGCCAGGAGCCCCUGCGGAGCCUCUUCCUAUCGCAGCUGCUGAUGAGCCUGGUCAGUCAGAUGCUCCUCUCGACUUUGGGGGGAGCCAAGAGGGAGUCGGUGCAUGGGGAGGUCAAUAUUCUCAGUACCACCAGCCCAUGACAGGCCCAGAGGCUUUCCCUCAGGAAUACUAUAAUGAGUCAUACUACCAAGAUCCUAACCCCGGAUUGUCAGAGGAGGCUGAAGAGCCUGGCCACUCUGCUAUGUUUGAUGAUGAAGCGUUCAUGCGGCUGCAGGGGAAAAGAAACAGAGGCAAAGAGGAGGUGAAGUUUCUGGAAAUCAAAGGGGACGACCAGCUGAGUGGUAACCAGCAGUGGAUGACCAAGAGCAUGACAGAAGAGAAGCAGAGCCGCCAGUCCUUCAGCAAGAAAAAAGGAGAACAACCUACAGGACAACAGCGGCGCAAGCACCAGAUAACAUAUCUCAUUCACCAGGCAAAGGAACGUGAGCUGGAGCUGAAGAACAGCUGGGCGGAUAACAAGCUAACCCGCCGGCAGACCCAGGCCAAAUAUGGUUUCUAAAUGUCACACGCUGGACUCUUGGUGGCAUGUGGAAACCCUGCAUCAGAAAGUAGCGUAGAACUUUCCAGAUUUCCCAAACAAAGAGAAGGUUGUGUUUGGGGGGAAAAAAACCAUAUACAUACGUUAAUACAGAGUUUCCCUCUUGUCCUCCAUCCUGCAUUUGUGUUGAACUGUUAAUAAUCAAUAGUUGUUUUGGUCAGCUGUUUAAAUGUUACUCCCACAUCGAAACUCCAGUUACAGCCAUUAAACUCUCCUUUGACAGUAGUUUACCAUAAAUAAACAGUAAUUUCUCUUCUUUUCUUAACUGGUCCUAUACCCACAUAUAACAGUGUAACUGUGAUUUUAAGGUUACUUUCGUCAGUAAUGUGAGCCUGACAUGGCCAUUACAAAUGUUUUCCUUUGAAUGUGUGUGCUUUCUGUUGAUAUGAUCAUGAACAUUGAUGUAAGACUUUUUUCUUUUUUUUUUGUGAUGUCCCUAUAUAAAUGGCUUGGUUCUCUGGCAAUCAUACUAAUAUUAGUAAAAUGUUGCCGUUGAUAAUGAGAAAAGAACUUGAGUCAUUAUAAAGCUGUGACAUAUGCAUAAAACAUAUUUAUACGUUGACUCAACAACUUUGUAAUGAGAAAUAAAGAUGUUGGAAAACAAACAUGUUGGAUUUGCUCGUAAAGGUUGUUCAUAUCUGUGUGGCCACUAUUUUUAUUUGUGGUUAUUGUCUUUUUUUUUUUAAUAAAAAAAAAUUGCCAGAGAACCAAACAGGCAUUUAAAUUUUUUAGUGAUCAGGCUAGAGAACCAUCUGUUUUUUGUUUUUUUUAACAUUAAAGAGGAGCAUUACCUCAGUUCCACUUAGCUGAAUCCAGCAUGCAUCUUCCAGGUUCAGUACUUUGCUCGAAAAUCCCAAUAAUAGCUCUUUACAGUAUCCUGAGUCCCUGAUCCUCGAGAUUCCCAAAAUGGGAAAUUAUUUAAUUUGAAGCUGAUAUUUUAUUUUAGCUGGUUGAGAGGGGGUUUUUACUAUGUUUCUUUCUGCUGCUCCAGUUUGAGGCAAAUUCUAUCAAAACCAAUCAGGAAUAUCUGUACGUGGCUUGUCCACUGCCAGUGUGCUUUAGAUGAGCUGAAUACUUUUGUUAAGGGAAAAUGUUAUGAACUGAACAGGGGUGAAACCAAACACUGCCAUUCUCUCCAGCUCUGGAGAAUAUUGCAGGCAUCUGCUAUCUACAAGAUGGAUGUAAAGGUGCAUAUUGCUUCAAAUGUCCCCACACUUUUUUAAUGGCUUUUCAUUCAGAUGAUGACAUCAGUGUGAAGUGGUAAAUUAGUUGGCCAACCCUGGGAAAGACCAUUUCUGUUUACCUUAUACUUUUGCUAUACGUGUUCUGUAGUUAAAAUUGAUCGAUAAAACUUCUCCUUUCCUGGCUCCGUACCUUUGAAGGCCACAGGGCAGUUUUAUUUAUUACUAGUAUCACAAUGAUGCAGUGGAAGUGUUACAUAUGGUAAAAUAAGAAAA